GAUCAUCUCUCUACAUAAUCAGAAAAUCUGGUGAAUAACCACUACUGAAUAGCUUUCAUCACUUUUGAUUGCUUCAUGUCGUAUCCUGGUUGGAGUGAAUGUGGUCAUCAUGUAGGAAGUUUAUUUUGGAUUAGAGACUGUCGUUUGUCCUUCAUUGACCUGUUUUUCUGUUUUGUUUCUGGAUGUUGCAACGGUUUCCUAUCAUUGUUUCAUCACACGUGUUAAGACAUUAUGCAAUCUUAUCAACGAAAGAAUGAGACAAUUGGACUAGAUCCUGAUAUGGGCAUUGUGUUUAAUACGCCUAAUGCAGUCUGUGAUUGGUUAAUUUGCCUACCGGUAGAUCAAACGCCUCGUUGCAUAUCUAAUAGAUAUAUAGUCAGAUCAAUUGAAGGAUUGGUCUCAUUCCACUGGGUGAUAUUGUGUUUGUAUAUCUUUGGUUUGAAGCAAGAAAGUCUCCAUAAUUUUACACCGAUUUAAAUCUCUUUUGGCUCCAAAUGGACAAUAUCAUGUCAUGUGAACUGUGAGGAAAGAGUUUACAGUGGUUAUAGUCAUUUCUGCAGUAAGGAGAGUGCUAGUCAUUGAUUCUAAUGCGUAUAUCAGUCCUAUGUACUAUCCUUUUUGCGAUAUACAUACAACUAUGAUUAGCUUAACAUGUUGUUUUAAUCGACUUAAUCAGAUGAUCAUCAUGCCCGAUUCAGUAAUUGACAAAUUACCUUGUUAGAUUUUCCAAUUACUGAGUAUCAGCUGAAUAUCAUUAGCUGUGUAGGGUUUGUUUGGUUGGUGAUGUGGUUGGUCGGUCGAUCGGUCGGAACCGCUUGGUUGAUAUGACUGGUGUACCAGUGGGUAAGAGCUUCUUAUAUUUGACAUCUUGAGUGUAAUCUUGUACACACUUCUCAGUAAAAGUGCAAUUGCCUUUGAUAAGGGUGCUAAGGAAGAACCCUGCCGCUCACCGCUCGUUUCUAUUCCUCAGUGGAGUAACCGUUGAAGUGGACGCAAGGUGGUUGAUGAACAAUUGAUCAGCAUCAGAGACCUCUAGAGAUGAAGGCCACUUGAAGGGAUAUAGUCGGACAUAUAGCGUGACUUGUGCCAUUUAACUAAGACACGUCCGUCGAAAAUACAGCAUGACAUGGAAUGCUCGGCGCUGAUUUUAUCUGGGAGAAAAUUUACGCAAGCAAAUUUAACAUUGCCUCAGCUGGGAUGAAACCUUGAGUUUUGUGUUGAAUCGAGAAAAGGAAUAACUCAGCGAUUGUUUGAUCAGCAAACGUGACAUAGUGAUGAUAUUUUUUCUCCAUCUUGUGAAGUGUGGAUGCAGUUGCCAUGGAAAUGGAUUAUGAUAACAACAGUAUGGAUGGGCAGAGCCCGUCUGACGAUAGGUCAGAAAUUGAACUGGUGUUUGAGAGAUGGUUGUAUGACAAGAUCAACACGAAAUCAAGUGAACAGCUUCCCAACAAGAGAAACCUGCCUGCUGACAGUGUCUUAAGAACCAGAGAGAACGUACCAUCACUACAGUCUGUGCAUGUCACUACCGAACAGGUCUUGGAGUUGUUCAGACAACACAACCAGGACAGCCAAGACGCCUACGAACUACAAGCCAUCCUCAGUGAUCCCUACUUCAGGGCACUACUUCAGGCCCAUGACGUGGUUGCCCACGAGGUUUACAGUGACCACGCGAUCAGGGUGACUCCACCCCCUGUUAUGCCCUACCUCAACGGCGACUCCGAGCUGAUGCAACCACCCAAUGGUAACAUGGACCAGACAGAUCAAGUCACUCGAGUACGACUUGUACAGUUUCAGAAGAACUCAGAAGAGCCUCUGGGCAUCACACUGAAGAUGAAUGAAGACAGACGCUGCAUCGUAGCUCGCAUCAUGCACGGUGGUAUGAUCCAUCGUCAAGCCACUCUCCAUGUCGGUGAUGAGAUCAGAGAGAUCAACAAUGCCUCAGUGGCUAACCAAACCGUUGAUCAGCUUCAGAAGCUACUCAGAGAACUCAAAGGCAGCAUCACGUUCAAGAUUGUACCCAGCUAUAGGAGUGCACCUCAGCCUUGUGAGAUCUACGUUCGAGCCCAGUUUGACUAUGACCCAGGUCAAGACGACCUGAUACCAUGCCAACAAGCCGGUCUUAGUUUCCGUUGCGGUGAUAUCCUCCAGAUCAUCAGUAAAGAUGAUCAUAAUUGGUGGCAAGCCAGGAAAGAAGGUGAACCUCUCAACGGUACAGCCGGCCUCAUUCCAUCACCAGAGCUACAAGAAUGGAGAGUAGCAUGUCUGGCAAUAGAGAGAGCAAAGAAAGAGCAACAAGCAUCGUGUACAUGGUUUGGAAGAAGAAAGAAGCAAUACAGAGAUAAAUACCUAGCCAAGCAUAAUGCAGUAUUCGACCAACUAGAUCUUGUCACGUAUGAGGAGGUGGUGAGACUGCCUGCGUUCAUGAGGAAAACAUUAGUUCUUUUAGGAGCACAUGGUGUCGGCAGGAGACACAUAAAGAAUACACUCAUCACAAGUCAUCCUAAUAAAUAUGCAUAUCCAAUCCCACACACGACAAGACGGUGUAAAUCAGACGAGGAGAAUGGCAAGAACUACUUCUUCGUCUCACACGAGGAGAUGAUGAACGACAUAGCUAACAACAAGUAUCUGGAGUACGGCACACAUGAAGACGCCAUGUAUGGGACUAAGCUAGAUACAAUCAGAGAGAUUCAUAAUAGGAGUCUCAUUGCUAUACUCGACGUGGAACCUCAGGCUCUGAAGGUAUUGAGAUGUGCUGAGUUUGCUCCCUUCGUUGUCUUCAUUGCUGCACCUACACUCACAGGAAUGAAUGAUGUACAUGAUAGCAGCCUGGAGCGACUUGCCAAGGAAUCUGAGCUGCUCCGCCAGGCCUACGGUCACUUCUUUGAUCUCACCAUCGUCAACAACGACAUCGACGACACGAUACGCACGCUCGAGAACGCCAUGGAAGAAAUAUGCACCACGCCGCAAUGGGUUCCCGUCAGCUGGGUCUACUAAGGUCAAAGGUCAUUGUUUAUUGCCGGAGGUCAAUAGCUCUUUGUUCCCUGUUUUCCAUGGGUAGAGUGUCGACCCGUUUGGAUCGUUUUCAAUUUACAUGUAUUUCUAUGGUGUUUAUAUCACCGGUAUUUCUUACUUCGCAUUCAAGGUUUAACAACCACUGUUCUUAUGUAAACUAGAGAUGGCAGCCUUUUGUUACGAGUAGCGAUCAUGGAUCACGUUUGAAAGGACUGCUAGCUCUACGCAGGAGCUGGAAUAAUCUUUGUAAUGCAUCAAGCAAGUUACAAAGGAAACCACCUGAUUGCAGCCAUUUUGGAUUCUUCAUCGUCAUAUCUUCACCUGAAUCAUUUUCAUAUAUCACUGUUAUUUCUUUCUUUCUUUGCAAUCGAAGGGUUCAAGACCAGUGGUCUAUGUUGAGAUGAACAAGAGUCUUUUUUAAGAAAUGAACAUCAUUAGGUUUGAGAGGAGCUAGUUCUGAGCAGGAAUAAACUUUUUAAUGCAUCAAGCAAGAGAAGACUGACUGGAAUCUAGCCGAUUGCAGCCAUUUUGGAUCCAUGACUGUUGUUUCUUAAAUCAACCCAUUCCCAGAGUUAAUCCCAAGACUGGUGUUAGCUUAUGCUGCUUUGGAACCCAGUGAACGAUGGUCCAGCGAUAGCUACUAUAUAUAUUUUGGAUUCUACAAACUAAUCAUGUACAAGAGAGUAAAACAUGCAGUAUGAAAAACCUGCAAACUUGACUGUAAUUCUUGGAAAGGAAUAUUGUAAGAUCAAUUAUGUGAAAGUUUUUUGAAAUUUGAUCAGACAAUCGAGAUUACCAAUAAUACUUGUGCUCUGUUCUCGGAUAGAAAUGAAGGAAAUUGUUUGAAUAUCACCCUUAAUUUAAUGUUAACCAGAGGUGCAAGGCAAGGCAUUGUGCCAUUGUCAAUACAGAAAGAAGUUGAAGCAGUUACUCUAUUUAUAGGAGGCUCUUACUAAUGAGGGUGGAUCAGACAGUUCACAUUGCAUAGUGUUUUGUGCUUGACCAUUGCACAUACUAUGCGAUAAUAUGCUGGGACUUGUGCGUGAAAAAGGUAUUCAAAGCAAUGCAGACACGCUUUACUGUGGGAAUUAAACUUGAUUAAAGAACUGACUUAUGGCCAGAUAUAAAGAAGUAUUUUGAAAUUCUUUCUCAUUUAGGAAUAAAUGUGGAUUUGUGGAAGAAGAGGCAAACAAGAAAAUGGACAUGAUGAACUAGGGAGUGAUGGGACAGGAGAUGUGGAGAAUCUGUUUUGUCAUUGGUCAUUAAAUGUGGCCAUCUUAUUUUAUAUGAAAUCUAGGAGUAUUGUUGAAAUACAAAGAGCUUUCUGGAGAAGUAUGCUAUCAGUAAGGAGGGAAUUUUGAUGUAUACAGUCAUAUUCAUCUAUUAAGGCCAGUUACGGGAAACAUGAACAAAAUAGGCCCCUAUAGACAAGCAUGCUUGUGGUUUUUAAACCUGUCAAUAUUCUUCUUUGGUAUGGCUGUUGAAGCUUGUUAACUCUUGACUUGUUUUGGUCGACCAAUUGAACAAACAGGAGUGCCACAGUCUAUUUUUAGCACACAUAUAGGGUACAUGUAUAAUGUAUUUCAAACAAUUUGGCAGACCUAGGUUUUGAUCCAUAAUGAAUAAAGAAUUCAAGAUUAUACCUGACAUAUCAGCGCUGGUGCAUGGAUCUUUGCAGAGUUGCUCCUUAUCCUUACAUACCCCUCCCUCUAAGGCAGCUAUAUAUCUCCUUCAAUGCACAACUCAUUAGAAUGACUUGAAGGGAAAGGAAGACAGUCUCACAGACUUGAACAUUUGAUGCUACAUUUAUCUUUCUAUUCUUCAUAGUUUCUUCUUUUACCAUGAGACACUUUGUAUAUCUAUUUAAAGUGUUUCAGAUAUUUUUCUUCAGCAUUAUGAUAUAAUUAUUUUGUGAAUCUUGUAUGAAAAUGAAAGUAAAUAUAACAUUUUUUGUUUGUCUUUAUGUUUCUUUGUAUCUAAGCCAAUGAAUUUGUAUGAGAGAAAAUUUGUAUAUAUUGACUAAUGAUGAAUGAUGCUUGAUAGCUUUGAUUACAAAGUGAAAAGUGGAAAGCACAGACUUCCAAAUCAUCUGUUAAAUGCAUUUUGCAGCUACCAUUAGAUGCGACCUGUUUAGUUUACAUUUUUUCUUUUUUCCAUAGAGUAUAUGUUUUGAUUUUAUUCACUGAGUUUGUUCAACUUGAAUAAUCUUAGGCCAAUUCAUUGAAGUGAUCCGAAGUUGCACUAUAUUGUUACAGCCAUGGCAGAUUUUGAGCUCAUCAGUUUUUCUUUCUUUCUUCUGUUUGACCACGAUAUCUCAAAAGCACAGUAUUCUUAUGAUAUGUAUCUGUUUCGAGACUCGGAAAGGAUGGGAUAAAAGUUUUUGUUGCGUUGCACAAAUUGAUGAUAAAGAUUAAAUGACAUUGGUUGUAUACCCUAUGGGAAAAUCUUAUACUUUCUUCUCUCCCCUCUCUUUUCUCUUUCUUUUUCUUUUAGCAUCAUGUUUUCAUCCUUAACUUCUUUUCCCUCUAUUCUACCUGACUGACUUCAAUAUCAUCCUAAAGUUACCUGAACUGCAUAGUUUGUGAAGUGGAUGGUGUCAUCUUGCAUGUUUACCAGAAAGAGAGAGAGAGAAAGCGAGAGGCAGAGGAGGAGAUAGGAAAUUUAAGAACACAAUUUUGUAUGUUUAUCUUUCUGAGAAACAGAGAAAGAGAUAGUGAUAAGAAUACAGCUUUCAUGAGAGAAAAUAAUCAGUUUUCUAGGCAAGAAGAUGUACAGUGUUAGGACCAAAUCCUUGCCAUUGAUUCUGUUUGCUUGUAGAUAGAUAGAGAUGACCUUGUGAUGCCCUUCACCUAGUCUGACCUUGUCAUGCCCUUCACCCAGUCUAUUAUGUGCCAUUCAUACCUCAGUCACACCGCCAAACCCAUUUCAGACCGACUCCAAACCGACCCAUUCUUGGCCAUAGACAUCAUGUUAUAGUUUCGAUUGGUCUGUUGUCGGUCUGGUGUGGGUCUUGUCUGUGUGACUAAGGUAUUACUCCUUAUCCACUACUGCUCAAAUCUUCAUCAUCGCUAUUAUGAGUCCUUGUAUCCUUUCCACCUACCAAAUAUUGUUCCACUGAAAAAUCCUAACUUGAUAUUUUGUUGUAAUGUAAAUUCAUGUUUUCCUUCUUAUUGAUGAUUUAAUAUCAUCUUCAUGUUUCCCUUAUUGUUAUCUAAUCAAGUUUGUAGUUUUUAGAUUUUUCUCCAUUUUCCCCUCCAUAUAUGAUAUUGUUUUUGAAUGAAAUACGACUUGAAAUCAGUGUCUAGUCUUUCAUAUCACACGAUGCUCUGUCUGCACGAUGCAAUAAAAUUAGAUGCAAAAUAUUUUCACUUAAAAUUUAAAAAAAAAGAGAUUGGAAGAAACACAGUUUUUAUGAAAUAUGAGAGUAAUGGUUCAUUAGCUUCAUGAAGAAACAUUAAUUGUCAUAUCAACUGCCAGGUGUAACUCAACUAGGUUAUACUUCAUGUUUAGACUAACAAUGCAAUUUGUAAAUUACUUUUGUGAAUAACAAUUACAUGUUGUAAUUUACUAUUGUAAAUUACUGUUGUAAAUUUGCAAUUCUGAAUUGCAUAGAUACAUUGAAAGCCAUUGGUUGAUUUCGUGGUAUUGUGAAAUGAAAAUGACAUUGAAUAUCUUUAUUCAUUAACAGUUGUUAUCAAGAAACACAAAUCAGGAACAUUAUUACAUUUUCAUUGUUAGCUGACAACUGACAGUCACAGCUUGCCAAAAUUUACACAAAUCUUGACAAAUUGCCUAAAGAAUCUGAAAGUUUGGUUUAAAAAAAAUCAUAUGAAUUUCAUCUUGUAGGAUUUUUGCUUGAGGAGAGUGUGUGUUUGCUAAAGUUUGACGAAGAAGAAAAAAACUCUGCAAAAGAAUGUGAUGCUGAGUCGAGUUCAUGUUAGCAAUUUCAGCUUUUGUGCUGGUUUCAUUAAAACUACUUGUAUGAAGCUUUCACAUUUUUUUAAGUGGCAUAUUUCAGUUCUUGUGUUUUGUUGUAAAACCACAUGAUUUACAACAAACCUGUUCAGGUCUAAAACAGUGAAAGAUUAGAGAUUCCACAUCAGUUCUGUAAGGUGGGGAAAAGAAAGUAUGAGAAUUCUUUCGAAUGAGCUAUGCGUGUAAUUUAUGCUUCAUACAUAAAUGUAUGUACCUACAAAUAUUGUGUAAUUGUUAUGUAAUCAAGCCACAAAUUGCACUAAAAAUUAGUUUGACGAUUUCUCUGUUGUUUUGCACCCUUUUUUUUUAGAUUGCCAAGUAAUAUAAGAAAUGGACUUGUUUCUAGAGAAAGACCGGUGUGCACUACUCUAAGGUAUAUGAAUGAGUAGGAGGCAGGAGAAGAAAGAGUAAAAUGAAAUUGUACAUGAAAAAGCAUUUAACUUUCCUAUGACAUAAUGUAAUUGUAAAUGUUAUUCAUAUUAUAUCUGAAAAUGAUACUACAACAUUGCCGUUUUGGCAUGUUUUGCUUCAUAAUUAUGUAUUAAAUAACAUGUGAGUGACUGAAAAAUGA